CAAAUCGUCUCCAUUCUUCCGACGAUCCGCCUCCCCCCCAGGACUUGGCAGGUCGGGCAAAGCAGCGCUGGUGCCCAUCAGAAUCGAGCUAGAAGGCGCCUCCGGAGGUAAACAAAUAGUGGCGGUGAGCUCAGUCCGAGUGGUCCUGACCCAAACCCAACGUCUCCGGAUGGAGACAAAGCCUCGCAGUCUCCGAGGCCGCCCCUGGUCCGAAACACCCAACAGAGAACAUCCUUUGUCGCCUCCAUUCGGCUCAGGAAGGGGAGGUGGGUGUUCCGCGCGCGCGCGCGUGUCGUCACAAAGCCGAGCCGGAACUUUAGGGUGGGAGGUGGGCCCGGCGUUCUCACUGGCGGCGUCCGCCGCACCUCUCCCUUCCUAUCGCACUGCCCUCCGGCGCCGUAGCGUCGCGGCCUUGCAAAGCAUGCUGGGAGAAGCGCGCGCCGGCUCCAGAGAUUAUAAAAGGACAGGCCCCGCCGGUGGGCGGAAGUGGGCGGUUCAGCUGCAAGGGGACCUUCGUUGAGGAUCCCGGGUUCCUGGAGGGGCGUUCUCAGUGGAGCCUCCUGCUCAGGCCGCAGUGACAAGCCGCGCGCCCCCCUCCCCCGGCCUCUUCUCCGCUGCGGCGCCGGCCCCCGGCCUCCGCCACCAGCAGGCCCAACAUGGCGCAGGAGGUGUCGGAGUACCUGAGCCAGAACCCGCGGGCGGCCGCCUGGGUGGAGGCGCUUCGCUGCGACGGCGAGACGGACAAACACUGGCGCCACCGCCGCGAGUUCCUGCUCCGCAACGCAGGGGACCUGAUCCCCGGCGCCUCCACGGAGGCGGAGGAGGAGGCCGCCGGCUCGGGGUGCGGGGCCCACAGCCGGCAGCUGCAGCAGCUUGUCUCUUUCUCCAUGGCCUGGGCCAAUCACGUCUUCCUCGGGUGCCGGUACCCUCAAAAGGUUAUGGAUAAAAUUCUUAGUAUGGCUGAAGGCAUCACAGUGAUCGAUGCUCCAAUCCAUACCACCCGAGACGAACUGGUUGCCAAGGUGAAGAAAAGAGGGAUAUCGAGUAGCAAUGAAGGGAUAGAAGAACCACUGAAAAAAAGAGCCGUAGAAGGAAAAAGCAGUUCUGCAGUUGAACAAGACAGUAGAAAAGGUUCUGCCAAAGUGGAAUGUGCUCUUCCCCAACAAGGAAACAGCGCAACAUGUUCGGGGUCCUCUACCAAAUUAGAGGGGAGUAGUGGAAAUUCAACUCAGAGUCAGAACAGCUCUACUGGUGAUGGAGUUCGAUCUGCUUCCAGCCAUAGCAGCAGCGUUUCGUCCCAGGUAACUGUGGCAGGGUCUGGAAAGGCUUCUGAAUUAGAAGCUCCAGAUAAACGUGGUUCGGCAGCACUUGUCACAUCACUGUUGAAAGCCAGUAUGAAUAGUCAUGUGACCCAGUCCACUGAUGGCAGACAACAAAGUGGCUCACCUAAAAAAAGUGCGUUGGAAGGUUCUUCAGUCUUGGCUUCUCAGAGCAUGUCGGAGAUCGAGGUGCCACUGUUGGGUUCCUCGGGAAGCUCAGAAGUAGAACUGCCACUGUUGUCUUCUAAGCCCAGUACAGAGACAUUUCCCAGUGGGUUAACUUCCAAAACUAGUUCAGAGGCAGGUGUUUCGUCGUCUCUUGCUAAAAACAGUUCCUCAUCAGGCACAUCCUUACUAACUCCCAAGAGCAGCACCUCAACCAGCAUACCCCUGCUGACUUCCAAAAGCACUUCACAGGUGGCUGCAUCACUGUUAGCUUCUAAGAGCAGCUCCCAGACCAGUGGGUCUCUGCUGUCCAAAAGCACUUCCUUAGCAACUGUGACUCAGCUGGCUUCUAAGAGUAGUUCUCAGACGAGCACAUCACAGUUGGCUUCUAAAAGUACUUCACAGUCAAAUGAGAGUUCUGUCAAGUUUUCUUGUUGCAAAUUAACAAACGAAGAUGUAAAGCAGAAGCAGCCUUUUUUCAAUAGACUGUAUAAAACAGUAGCAUGGAAGUUGGUUGCAGUUGGUGGCUUUAGCCCAAACAUGAAUCAUGGAGAGCUCCUAAACACAGCUAUCGCAGCUCUGAAAGCAACACUGGAUGUGUUUUUUGUCCCACUAAAGGAACUGGCAGACCUGCCUCAAAAUAAGAGUUCUCAAGAAAGCAUCGUUUGUGAAUUGAGGUGCAAAUCUGUGUAUUUGGGCACUGGCUGUGGAAAAAGCAAAGAGAAUGCAAAAGCAGUUGCAUCAAGAGAAGCUUUGAAGUUGUUUCUGAAGAAAAAAGUGGUGGUAAAAAUAUGUAAAAGGAAAUAUAAAGGCAGUGAAAUAGAAGACCUAGUGCUUCUUGAUGAAGAGUCAAGGCCUGUAAACUUACCUCCCGCAUUAAAGCAUCCUCAAGAGUUGCUAUAAUAUGUCCAGAAUAUCCCUGCAUACACUAUCUGAUAUUUGGAAAGACAAACUGGCUUUUGUAUAAUAUAACAGGCUUUCUCAAAUUUUGUACUUGCUUUUUUUUUCCCCCCAACUUUGCAAAAAAAAUAUUUCACGUUAAUUGUGUUCACACAGAGGUGUGAAUAAUUGAUGAAUGACAGACAGUAAAAGGUGUGCAUUAACAACAUGCCAGUGUGCUGUUCGGUUUGCUGAAGAAAAUGUCUUCUAUUUUUAAUGAUAUAUUAGGUACGAUGUGUAGUGGGAUAGAGUCUUAAAACUUUUGUACUACUAUAAAUUUGGUGAGCUAUAAGAAACAAUCUACCAUGCUUUUUUUCUUUCUUUCUUUCUUUCCUCGCUAAAUAAAUCACAUCAAAGUAAAGGGGGACCGUAGUAUUUGAAUGAAAAUCUGUGAAGCUUACAGUUUUAAGAACAAUUUCCCAUAGUGUUGAACAUGUCUGUUGAAAGAAUAAGAGAAAAAAUAGUUGGCUUGAACUAUUUUUAUUAUGAGAAGUUGUAAGCAUUUUUUUUAGAGAGCAAAAGUACUUAAGGUUAUUUUAUUCUGAAGUUGUUGAAAAUUUGCCAUGAUUUUGACUGCUGAAGAUUGUUUAAGUGGGUUAAUUUAUGUUUUAAGGUAAAACAAUUUACACUUUUUCUUAAAAACAUAAAUGUGGGUUUCUAUAAUAAGCAUAUUUUGUGACUACUACUAUUAACAGAUUGAUUUGUUUAGAUAUUAAAUGCUUCAAGCUA